GGGAUUCCUGCCAUUUUUGCCACCUCAGAACGUGUGAAGGUCGUAUAUAUUCAGCAAAAGCUGCCGUGUAACACUGUGACCACAAUAAUAACUUAGACCAGCCCACGGAGCGGUGAGACACGCCAGCCCACGCUCCCUGGCAGACGCAGCAAAAUCCAGCAAAAUCCAAGCCAUCGAAAAUGGCAGCCCGCUUCCGCAUCAUGCAGUACAACGUGCUGGCGAAAAGGUAUGCGAGAAACAUGGAACCAUGGUUCCUCUACGACGGCCUGCGAACGGAAGGCGACGAGGACCGCGCGCGGGCCAUCCUCGCGCGGCACGCGGCGCGGCGGCCGGACGGCAGCUACGCGUACGCGGGCUGGCCCAAAUAUGCGGAGGGCAUCCUCACGGCGAAGGAGCUCGAGGCCGUCGAGCGACGAAAUGAACGCGACUUCCCCUUCGAGCGCCGCGCGCCGCGGUUGCUGGACGUGAUUCGAGAAGCGGACCCCGACGUCUUCAGUCUGGUCGAGUGCGACGAGUACGAGGCGUUCUGGCGGGGGCGGCUCGAGGAAUUGGGCUACGGGUCCGUGUGGCACAAGCGGCCGCGGGCGUCGGCGCCGGAUGGGUGCUGCCUCGGGUUCCGGGAGCGGGACUGGGCGCUCGACGCUCAUAAAACUAUAUCGUACGACGACCACGACCGCGCGGCGCUCAUGGGCGUCUUGCGACGGAAUGAUACGGGCGAGCGCUUCGUGUUCGUGUCGACGCAUCUCGCGAGGAACCCCGAAUCGUUACAACAGCAGGGCGUGCGCCUCCGACAGGUGGCCCAGCUCAUGCGCGAGCUCCACACGUUCUACAAGGAACAAAAUAUAGACACGGCGGAGGUGCCGGCCAUCGUGGCCGGCGACCUGAACGCCGAGUCGCUCCAGGAGGUCACGGCCGUCGCGGGUGCGGUCUGUGGGUUGCGGGAUUUGGACGUGCACCCCCUACUCUUCGCCUCGAAUGAGGUGCCGUCGCCCGUGACCUCGCAGACGAUGCGGCGGAAGUCGCGGAUCGACUACGUCGUCUUCUCGGACAACGGGUUGCUCGAGCCCAUUGAUGAUGACAGGGCGCCGCCCCCGUUAGAGGAAGAGGCCUGCAUCCCCGACGCGACGCAUCCCUCCGACCAUCUGCCGGUCAUCGGCUCGUUCAAAUUCGCGGAUCGGAUGCGACGAGCGUUGUUCUGCGCGCGGCGCGUGGUAAGAGACAUCCUCGGGGCGACGGUGCCGCGGCCGCUGCUCUGCGGCGAGGUUGCGCUGGCCUUCGAAGCAUUAGGCGGUCGCGGGGCGGCGGAGACGGCGCGGAACGCCUAUAAAAACGGCCUGUGCGCGGAGGGCGACGUCGAUAAAUUGCGGGACGCCAUCGACGUCCCGCGCGACGCCGAGCGGCCGCACCUGUUCCUGCACCACGCGCACACGGCGGCGCUCGAGCGGUCCGCGGGCGUCGAUGCCGCGGCACGCCUCGCGUUCCGGUUUUUUGAUAGGGACGAUGAUGGUUUUGUGGCCCGCGGCGAGCUCUUCAAGACGCUGGAGACGAUCCUGCCGGCUGACGUGUUCUCCGAAGCUGCCGUCGACCGCAUCUUCGCGGCCGUCGACCGCGACCACGACGGCAAGAUCUCGCUUGGCGAGUUCUCGGUCGCGCUCAAGCACGCGGCAGUUGAGCGCGAACGGAGAGACGCGUUAUCGCGCCGCGACCGGCGCGGGCGCCUCGGGUGUUGACGCCUUUUUUUUUUGGCUACUUGUAAUAAUUUUGAUCUCUCG